AUGCACCCGUCGCGCGCUACGGUGCAGCACCCGCCGACGUCUUGGCGUCGUCUGCUAUCAGUUCGAGACUUUGCGGAGGCUAGGAUCAGGUGGUGUCUAGGGAAGGGAAUGGUCGACUUCUGGUAUGACAUCUGGUGCGGAGAUCGCCCUCUGGAGCAGGUGAUGGGGGUGUCGAAUCCCCCGCAUUCCCUGGUGGCGGAGUUCUUCACGCCUCAUGGAUGGAAUGUGCCUCGGCUUAAGGAGUGGGUCCUCGAUUUCUUGGUUCAGCAGAUCACUAGCAUUCAUUUCUCACUUGAUCGAGAUGACGUUAUGGAUAAGGGGGUAGCACUAUGUUCUAGAUGCAGUUGUUGCCAGCAAGGCCCAGAAACUAUCAAUCACCUUUUCCUGCACGACGCGGUGGCUGGGGAAGUGUGGGAAUACUUUUUCAAGGUGUUUGGGCUUCUCCCCUUCACCGCGGUCAGUGUUGCCGCUAUGCUGUUCCACUGGUUCUUCUCACACUCACAGGUUUCGUCCACUCAUGUGCGGGUUCUUGUUCCGCUGUUGGUUUUUCAGUUUAUUUGGAAGAGCAGAAACAAAGCUAGAUUUGAUGCAUGUCUGAUCACUUCGUCUCAAGUGAUUUUUCAGAUCGAAGAGUUGUUGGGCCGGAUGGGUAAGGCUCACGAUUUCUCUUUGGCCUCUUUUUCAGGCGACCGGGAUUGUCCCUGGGCGGCCUUUGGCAACAGCUAUGGACAGCCUAAGGCCGUGGUGCCGGUCUCUUGGGAAAAGCCAUCGCCGGGGCAUCUAAAGCUUAACACUGAUGCUAGUGUCCUCAUCGGCAAAGCAGCAGGGGGAGGGGUGCUGCGUGAUCAUGACGGGAGGGUGAUCUCGGCUUAUUACAAAGAGUUUGGGGAUUUGGGAGUGCUGGAGGCGGAGGCGCAAGCUCUCCUAGAAGGUCUACAAAUGUGCGCAGAACGGGAGACGGGAGCUUUGACUGUUGAAUCAGAUUCGAAGGUGCUUGUCCAACUAGUGAAUUCGGAAGCCGUCUCAAAAUGGCCGGUAUGUACUGUACUGCAGGACAUCAGACAUCUCCUCCAUCAGAUGAGGGCUCCUCUUCAGCAUCUGUUUCGUGAGGCCAACUCGGUGGCAGAUGCCCUGGCAUCCUUGCAGGUAGGGGGGCAUUGCUGCUACUCCUCGAUUGAGUCCUUACCCUGCAGGGCCAGAGGUGAGGCACGUCUGGACCGCUUAGGAGAUCCUCGGGUGCGGGAGCUGCAACUUAGGGCUUGA